CGGAAGCAGCUCGUUGUCUCCAAGUUGGCGGCGCACAUGCGAGGCGUGAGUUUUGAGUGCUAUCCGUUCAGCGCUGUAUAAUAUAGGAUAUUAAAAAAGAAAGAUGAAGCGGAAGGCCCCUCCUGGGUCUCGGCCGGCAAAGAUCCGGAAGCUGCAGCUGUCAGUCCAGACGUUCGUAGAGAAAGCAGAGGGCGGCGGGUCCCAGAACAGCAGCCAGGUAUCAGAGGAACACUCGGGGUUUGGAGGCAGAGGGAAGAGCCGGAAGGAGCUGAGGAAGGAGAAGCGCCUGUCCAAGAAGCUGAGAAGGAAGGAGUACUAUGAGAGGAGGAGUGGGAGCGCCCAGCAGCCUGCCCAGCCCGCAGAACAUGGUCCUCCCAGGGACAAGGCUCCCCCGACACCUCCAGUCCACAGAGCAGAGGCUAGAGGACAGGACAGGAAGAGGCCUGCUGGGGGGAAGAAGCCGGGGACAGAGGCCAAGAAGAAGAUAAGCAAAGAGGAGGCGAGGAAGAAAGCUCUGCUGGAGGCCAAUGAGAAGGAGGAGAAGGAGAUCAAGAAGCUGGAGAAGAGUCUGAGGAUGAAUAAGAGGAAAAAUAAGAGUUCCCUGCCCCAGGCAUUCACUCAGGAUGGUCUGGAUUACAUCCUGGGGGUGCUGGAGCCGGGGGGCUCUGCGUCCGGUCUGUAUGAUGAAGAGAAGGAGGAGGAGGACACUGCUGAGAAGAUCUGGGGACUUUCACAUCAUCCCCUCCAAGAAGAUUUGAAGGAGGGGAGUGAGGAGGAAAAAGAGGAUGGUCUGGAAGAAAGUGAAGAAGAGGAUGAAGAUAAUUCCCCGGAGGAACAAAGUGAAGAUGACGGUGUGGACCAGGAAUCGGAGGAGGAGUAUGAAGAGGAUGAUCCAUCCAAAGAGACAUUAAAGCAUGAGUCAGAUGGUGGAAAAGAGGAGGAAGCGGCUGUCAAUAAAAAGAACUCCACAGAUGCGGGCAAUAAGUAUGUCCCUCCCCAGCUAAGACAGUCCUCUGAAGCUGUGGAUGCGAAGAAGAGGGAAGAACUGGAGAGGCUGAAGAAGAGUGUGAAAGGAUUGAUGAACAGACUGAGUGAACCAAACAUGGCCUCUAUCAGCGGACAGCUUGAAGAACUGUACAUGACCAACAGUAGAAAGGACAUGAAUGAUACUUUAACCAGUGUUCUCCUCAAUGCUUGUAUUACUCCAGCCAAAAUGCCAGACCGACUGAUGAUGGAACACGUGCUUCUGGUUGCUAUACUACAUAAUACAGUGGGGAUUGAGGUUGGUGCGCAUAUCUUGGAAACGGUGGUACAGCAGUUUCAUGACCUGCAUCAAGACAUUGGAGAAAGUAAAGAGUGUGAUAACCUGCUCACCAUUAUAGGACAUCUGUACAACUUCCACGUCAUUGAUGCUCGCCUGCUGUUUGACAUAUUGAAGUUACUGGUGUCCACGUUUACAGAAAGGAACAUAGAGCUGAUCCUGAUGCUUCUGAAAAAUGUUGGCUUCUCCUUGAGAAAGGACGAUGCUCUGGCUUUGAAGGAGCUGAUAAGUGAGGCACAAAACAAGGCGAAUGCUAUGGAUAAGGAAUUCCAAGAUCAUACUCGGGUUAGAUUUAUGCUGGAGACGAUGCUCGCAUUAAAGAACAACGAUAUGCGCAAGAUACCAGGCUAUGACCCUGAACCUGUGGAGAAGCUGCGUAAAUUGCAACGCACUUUGGUUCACAGCAGUGCGUCUGGCAGUGACACUCGCCUCCGCGUGUCGCUGGAGAACCUCUUGGAAGCUGAAAAAGUUGGAAGAUGGUGGAUUGUUGGGUCAUCGUGGAGUGGAGCACCAAUGAUCAACGAGUCUUCGGGGAAGUCGGAACAGUCUCUUGGCAAGGUCAGUGCGAAGAUCAUGGAACUGGCCCGCAAACAGCGGAUGAACACAGACAUCAGGAGGAACAUUUUCUGUGUUAUAAUGACCAGUGAAGACUAUCUGGAUGCUUUUGAGAAGUUGCUGAAGCUCGGGUUGAAAGACCAUCAAGAGAGAGAGAUUGUACAUGUCCUUAUAGAUUGCUGUCUGCAGGAAAAGCGAUACAAUCCAUUCUACGCCUUUCUAGCCAGCAAGUUUUGUGAAUACGACAGAAGGUUUCUGAUGACAUUUCAGUUUAGUAUGUGGGAUAAAUUCCGGGAUUUGGGAAAUCUGUCAACAGCCACAUUCUCUAAUCUCAUCCAGCUCCUGAGUCACCUGAUUAAAAAGAAAUCUCUUCCGCUCUCUAUUUUUAAGGUCAUAGAGUUCAGUGAGCUGGAUAAAACAAAAGUCACUUUCCUACGUCAGAUUCUAAGCAGACUGCUGGUGGAUGCUGAAGCUGAUGAUCUUGCAGUGAUCUUUGGAAAAAUCUCUGACAACCCCAAGCUUGGAAUGCUGCGUGAAGGCUUAAAACUCUUUAUUUCCCAUUUUCUGCUGAAGAACAUACAGAAGAGUGCAGAGGAAGCGGAGCUGCUGCGGCAGAAAGCGGAUAUUGCCUUGAAAGCCCUGCAGGCGAAGGAUAAACUGCGGCUAUAGAGACUUCACUUGUCCUUUCUAACAGAAGAUAAGAAACCACAUCGCUGAAGAGCUGGAUCUGAUUUAUAAACUUUUAUUUUUAUAGAGAAUUAUAAAUGAAUAGUGGAUAAGUCAA